UCCCGCUUGUCAUUUGCGCCGCUUUACCUGGGCAGCUCCGCUCUGCCUCCCUUUCGCCUGCCCGGCCGCUGGGGCCCAGGUUGCUGGAGAGAGCUGGGGUUCCCUAUGGGCAGAAUGCAGGUGAAGCCUGUGCGUGCCAAACACUACCUGUCCUGCUGGGCCAUCGCUGGGCAUUCGGGCAUCUGAGCUCAGGAUCCAAGGAGCAAGAAAGAAGGAGGGGGAGAGAAGAACGCCUUUGGCCUCUGGGAAGUCCUAUAGACUAGAAGCCUGAACUCCCCCUCCUUCCCCUAGUUUAACUCUGCUCCGGCGCCAACCACUCCUUCCUCCUUCAGUCCUGACUUGACCAGCGUAUGUGCCCCUGGCACAGCCAUGGCGUAUUCCCAGGUGCAGUGCCUGGACGACAGCCACGUGAACUGGCGUUCCAGCGAAUCUAAACCUGAAUUCUUCUACAGUGAGGGGCAGAGGUUGGCCCUAGAGGCCCUGGUGGCAAGGGGCCCCGAGGCCUUCUACGAAGUUCUCAAGAAGGAGAAUAUCCGGGACUUCUUGUCUGAAUUGGAGCUCAAGAAGAUCCUGGAGACAAUUGAAGUCUAUGACCCAGGAUCUGAGGACCCUCGGGAACAAAGAGGUCUCUGUGAGGGCUCUGGGCCCCAUGAUAAGGAAGAGAAUGGAGAGGGAGGUGGUGAUGCUGAUGGUGAUGCUGACCUGGUCCCUUCCUUGGAAUACUGGCCACAGAAGUCAGACCGCUCUAUUCCACAGCUGGACCUUGGUUGGCCUGAUACCAUUGCCUACCGUGGGGUGACCCGUGCCAGUGUGUACAUGCAACCCCCCAUCGAUGGACAAGCCCACAUUAAGGAGGUGGUCCGGAAGAUGAUCAACCAGGCACAGAAGGUGAUUGCUGUGGUCAUGGACAUGUUCACAGAUGUCGACAUCUUCAAGGAUCUGCUGGAUGCUGGCUUCAAGAGGAAGGUGGCUGUCUAUAUUAUUGUGGAUGAGGCCAAUGUGAAGUAUUUCUUGCACAUGUGUGAGCGGGCCCAGAUGCACACAGGACACCUGAAGAAUCUGAGAGUCCGGAGCAUCGGAGGAACGGAAUUUUUCACACGUUCCGCUACCAAGUUCAAGGGAGCCCUGGCCCAGAAAUUCAUGUUUGUGGAUGGUGACAGAGCCAUGUGUGGCUCCUACAGCUUCACAUGGUCAGCAGCCAGGACAGACCGGAAUGUGAUCUCUGUCCUCUCGGGCCAAGUAGUAGAGAUGUUUGACAAACAGUUCCAAGAGUUGUACCUCAUGUCUCAAGGGGUCAGCCUUAAAACAGUCCCCAUGGAGAAGGAGCCUGAGCCUGAACCUAUCAUCCUGCCCACGGUCAUCCCACUGGCUCCGUCGGGCACCGUAGCCAAGAAACUCAUAAACCCUAAAUAUGCUCUGGUGAAGGCCAAGAGUGCAGAUGAGAUUGCCAAGGCCUCUUCUGAGAAGCAGGAGAGUGGGCUGGGCAAGAAAUUUGAUGGCAAGGGGAAGGUAUUGGUGGGGAACCAGCUGGCAGAACAGCCUGGUGACUUCCUAGAGCAGCCUCUACCGAUCCACCCAGGGCUGCUGAACAUGGAGCGUGCCAACAUGUUUGAUUACCUGCCCACAUGGGUGGAGCCAGACCCUGAGCCUGGCAGUGACAUACUGGGCUACAUUAACAUCAUUGACCCUAAUGUGUGGAAUCCACAGCCCAGCCAGAUGAACCGAAUCAAGAUCUGUGACUCUUCCUCACAGGCUGUUGCCCAGUACAAGCUGCUACAAAGGCGACAGAGCCAGGAGGUAGUUGGCCCUGUAGUUGCCUCACCUCCUGACCCUCCUGCAGCUGUAGAAGAGACAAAGGAUCCGCCUGUCUCACCCCAAGAAGAACUCAGCCCAAAAGAUGUCCCCACCACAGUAGGCAAAGACAGGGACCAAGGAGUCUUUGUCACCUUGGCUGAGAACUGCCAUCUCCAGGAUGGACAUGACCAGGAGGACACAGAGAUCAAACCCCCAGUCCCUAAGCCCAGGACAGUCCAUGUCACAGACUUUCUCACCAAGGGCAACUCAUAUGAUGGUGGCUUAGGCUGCCAGCCUGGGGGACCCAAGGAAGAGGAGUCACUGCAGCCAGAAGGACCAUCAAAUGGUACCACCUACAGGCCUCAUGAGAACUCUGGGCACCACAAGCUUCUCCGGCAGCUGUCCAUGUCCCAGGAGGGCCAGGACCCACCCUCUCCAGGGACCCCCAAUGGGCUCAAUAUAGAAGAGGAUGAGGAUGAUGACGAUGACUAUGUGACCCUCAGUGACCAGGACAGUUUCUCAGGUGGCUCCACCAACAGCCACCACCGACAGUCCACAGCAUCCUCUGUGUCAGACGAGUACUUUGAGGUGAGGGACAACUUCGCCCAACUCCGGAGGCGCCACUCAGAGCACAUCCCCAAUGGGGCUGGUCAUAUACGACCGCUUUACAGGAAACUGAGUGAGCCCCACAUGAGCCGGGGAACAUUCAUGAGUCCCUUGAGGAGCCCCCAGUGGCUGCAGAGCUCAGGGGUAGAGGAUGAGUAUGGCAGGAAGAGAAACAACGGCAAAGAGGAAGUUAAACAUAUGUUGGGAAGGGGCCCCCAGCGUGACAGCAACAAGGCUUGUGCUAGCCCUGCAACCCAGGGCCAGCAGUUCUACCGUUAUGGGGAUAAGCGACCUGCCUCUGGGACCAGGGACAAAGGCAGCUUCCAGCAGUCAGCAAAGAACCCAGAGCUUCCCAAAUACCGACGGGAUGGCAUCCAUGCAGCCGAUGGCUUCCAGCACCCUGCCAAAAAGUCCGGGCCGGCAACAGUGGGCUCACGAUAUUGGCAGACCAAAGGUGGCCCCCCAGACAGCAGGAACCUGAGGACUGCCAGAACCCCAGGCAGCCCAGCUGAGAGUGGGAGCCGGGAGGAGCUGUCAACCCCAUUUGGUAUCCCCCUUUCCAAACUAUCACAGAAUAAAAUCCUCAGGAAUAGGGCAGGUGGGGGCCUGUGGGCCUCUGCUGAUUCCCGAAGGAGGGCGCCAGGACCCACAAGCCACAAGGAUUAAAAGCAAGCCUAUCUCCCUCACCUUGCUCAGCCCAGAGCUGCUUGCUCCUUUCCUUGGAGCUCUUGAAACUAGACUCUGAUAAUGCAA